AUGGAGUGCCUCGCUGCAAAAGUGGAACUAGCAGAGGAAGCAGAGGAUCAAGUCGAAGCCUUUCACUCUGCUUGUGAGGAAGCAGCAUCCUUGAAAUACAAGUUAGAGGAAGCCAUUUCUGAGCAGCAAAAACUCAAGGAUGGGAAUGCAGCUUUAACAAGCACUUACCAGUUGCUUCAGGAAAAGGCGGAAGAUCCAAAAAGCUACCUUGUUAUGGAGGAAAAAUCACCCAAGUGCUCACGUGAAAAGGAGGAAGAUGUGCCAACUUCUGUAGCAAUGGAGAAAAACAACGAUAAGGAUCCACCGGUUCCUGUAUCAGGAGAAGAUCUGACCAAGAAGGAGUUCUGCCCCAUGAUGGAAGGACAUAAACCCACAUUUCAAACGGUUUUAAAGCAAGACCUGGAGGUGGGCCAGGAAAAGAAAAAUAAUAAAGACCAAAGUGAGGAAGCACCAGCUGUGGUUCCCAGUAGGAAAGGGAGUUCACCCACUGCAGGUGGCAUUAAAGGAGAUAAAACAAAGCAAAAUGAGCCUGACUCCCCUAAUGAGAAGGAAGUGGAGGCUGAAUUUCUGAGGUUGUCUUUAGGUUUUAAAUGUGACUUGUUUACCUUGGACAAGAGAGUGAGGCUUGAAGAAAGGUCCCGAGACUUGGCUGAAGAAAAUUUGAAAAAGGAGAUCACAAAUGCUCUAAAGAUGUUGGAGGCUUUAGUUCCUUUGUGUGAAGAAGACAACCAAGCACAGGAGCUCAUUAAGAAGUUGCAGAAAAGCUUGCAGUUCCUUAGCCAGUAUGCAGCCCGAGUCGCCAGUAGAGCAGAGAUGUUGGGAGCUAUUAAUCAGGAGAGCCGUGUCAGCAAGGCUGUGGAAGUAAUGAUUCAGCAUGUGGAAAACCUGAAGCGCAUGUAUGCAAAAGAACAUGCAGAACUUGAGGAGCUGAAACAGGUCCUGCUCCAGACUGAGAGGUCUUUUAGUUCUCUUGGAGAUCGAGAUGAAUCUACGAAUAAAAAGCUACCAAAUUCUUUUAAUUUUAAGCCAUCAUCAGCCCUACGAAGAGUUAGCAUUGCAGCAUUGCCUAGGAGUGCUGGAAAUGCAGGUACUGGGUUGCCACCGGCCCAAAUCCAUGAACCUGAUGGAGAUGGACGGGGUGAUAAAUUCAACAGGAGAUCAAGCAGUUGGGGCCGACUAGGACCAAAGCAAAAUGAGAAGCGUCCUUCACUACAGCGGUUCAUUAGCACAUAUUCAUGGGCAGAGUACGAGGGUGAACAUUCUGAAACAAAAAAUGAGCAGUUGGAAUCACCUGCUGAAGUACAAGAACCACCAGCCAGGAAGGAAAGUACCUCUGAAAAAGGAAAACCUUCAUCAAAAUGGAACCUAGAGUCAGCGUGCAACUCAAUGUCAGCAUGGCUAUCCCAUUUCAAGACUUCCUUUUCCAAUGCCAACAAAACUCUCUGGGUUUCUGUUUCCAUCCUGGUUCUCCUUGCUGCUCUCACAAGCUUCCUCACGGGGCUGUCUCUUCAAAGACCGGCAGAAGCAGCAUCUGUAGGAACUGGGGACUCCUGGACUUUACUACAGCAACUGUUGUGGCCAUAUAUAGGAGUUCAACACUAUGGACCACCCCCAGUAUAA